AUGCCGGAGGAGGCUGGAUUUCGAGCUCUCCUGAUGGGUCUCACCGCCGAGCAAAGGGCACUUAUCGGGCGAUUGUUGGUGGAGAUAGACGGCCCAAGAGAGCCGUUUAAUCCUGCUCCGGACCCACCGCCCCCACCCCAUGCUCAGGAUCCUUGUCCACAGAAGUGUCACCAGUGCAGGGAGCAAUGGUGCACUCGAGGCCUGGAGCCACACAAGCACCACAAUUGCACCCGAUGCUUCCGCAAGAUCGAGCCGGGUGCUGAACAAGGCGAAGCCUCUGAGAAGGCAAAGGACCCCGUCAAGGGCAAACUCAGCAACCUGGUAACACAAUGCAAGAAUGCAGUGAAGAAGUUGGAGGAUCACGACAGCGGCAAAGCAACUCUCAGCGAAGAGGAAGUCGGCAAGCUCAGAAGCAAGAAGAAAUUCUGGGACGACUAUUGCCAAUUGCCUCGGAAUGCCACCGAGCAAAGGAUGCAAAUGCUCUCCUCCUGGGAGCAAGACAAGACAGGGAAGAUGUGGGCCGAGAAGAUCCAGUCCCUGGAGAACGACAAGGCGACCACCGCCAGCAAGGUGGGUGGGUUCUUGUCUCGUUGGGAGAUCGCCGACCAGGAGAACCUGAACCUUCAGAUCCCCGAGCAGAAGAAGCUUUGGGAGUCCAUCCUCGAGGAAAUCCCCUAUGAUGAGGAAUGGAACCAAGAGGAUAAUCGUGAGCGAGCCCUUGCAAAAGCCGGGGAACGUCGCUACCACUACGGCAAAACCAAGAUGACAACGACAACGGACACAGUUCGUCACAAAGAGACGAUGCAGGCCGGGUACAACCUGAACGACAAGGAGAAGAAGCAGGCCCUGCAGGACAGCCCCAAUCAGCCUUCAAUCGAGGUCCGGGAUCCCCUUUUGGUUGCCUUGAGGCAAGAGCUGCAGACCAUGAACUCCGGGAAAAAGGCUGUCGAGAGAAACCUGAGCACGAUCAAGGAUCUCCAGGUUUUCGCGAACACUAAGGGCCUGAGCAAGAUGAAAGAUGCUGCCGCAGAUGCCCUCACACCACUCGACGAAUUCCUGGUCACCUUGAGGGAGGACUUUGCAAAGCUCGAUGCCCUGGACGUCGGGAGCGAGGAGUCGGUCCAGCAGGCCAAGGACAUUAACAUGCAGGCAGGUGUGCACGUGGAUGCUGCUGGCAGAGUCAUCAAGAAGUUGAAGACGAUGAACGAGGUGGAAGCUUCAAAAAGGUUAAGAACACGCAUCGGCAAUUUGAUGCUGAGCAAUACCAUUUCUGGUAUCGAAGCUAGCCGCCUUUUUCGAGAUGCGGACUUAGCCAAUGCAGAAAAUGUGAAGGAUUUGGCUGCAUGUGGCACCGGCCGAGCGGAUGACAUCCCUAAGAAAAGGGAUUGGGGCGAUGGGGUUCCGAUCACUCGUGAUCGUACCCAAUCGGCGGAAGUCUUAUCCCUCAACAUUCUCAGCCACUCUCAGCGAGGUGCAUUGCGAUUUCCCUUAGCCUUGAUGCAAAAGCAUUUGAUGUUGAAGGAGUUCACAUGGGAUGCUGUCCUGUCGAUCAUGGCCUGGUCCUUCGCUUUUCUCGCAGCAGGCAUUUCGCCAUCGAGUCGCCACGAUGGGACGGCAUGGUUGCCUAGCGACAAAGCAAGGAGGGCACGAAGCGGAUUGCAACUACCCAGGGCAUUCCUGAUUCAAGUCCGAGGCGACUGGGCCUUCUACAAGCAGACGUUGUACAUGCCGGCCUGGAACAGGAAAGAUGGCUGCUGCUGGUUGUGCAACAUCAAGCCCUCCGAGCUGCAUAUGGUGGCUCCUAACUCUCCCUGGAUGCACAAUCGCAAGUCGCACUGGGAUGCCGUGUGCGAGAUGCCCAGGAAGAGCCCUCUGCUGGGUUCUCCUUUUUUUUCGCUGGCAAUGUGCCAGCUCGAUUGGCUCCACAUAGUGGACAUCGGGGUGGCCCUCGAGUUUCAAGGAAGCUUAUUUCACUACGUGUGCUUGAAGAAACUGCAAGGCAACCUGCAAGUGGCAUGCCGUGAGCUGUUUUUCAUGAUCAAGGAAUAUUAUUCCGCCAACAAUGUCGGAAGCCAGUUGGGCGAACUGAAGCCCACUAUGCUCAAGGGUAAAGGAAAACCAUACCCAAAGCUUCGAGCGAAAGCGGCGGAGAGCCGAGCAUUGGUGCCGUUCAGCGAGAUCCUGGCCCAGGCCGUGCUAGUCCCCGAAGAUCCCUUCGACAACGUGCUCAUGAAAGCUGCCAGCUCCUUCGCUCGCUGCUACGAUCAGCUUUCCAAGGACUCCUUUCAGCCGGCCACUUUGGCACAGGAGGCCUUCGAAUUCGCUUCGAGAUACGUGGAUCUCAACAAGGAGGCGGAGAGACUAGGCAUGAAGCUUUUCAAAAUAAAGCCUAAGUUGCACAUGUUUUUGGAAUUGUCUUACUGCUGCACCUGCUCUCCUUCAGCGAACUGGUGCUACAGGGAUGAGGAUUUUGCUGGCAAGGUUGCAAUGGCAGCUUUUCGGCGAGGCGGUGCCAACACCGUGCGAGCACUGGCAGAGUCUUACUUCUUACGCUGGAAAUCCAUGUAUGCAGUUCCAGAAUUGUGCUGA